AGUAAAAAAUGAGUUCCUUGAUUGGUGCCAACAUGGCGCUGCCUGGGAGGUAGAGCACAAUUGUCCGGACCCCAUUUCUAGUUCCAUUUCUCACAAGUCGAAGCUGACGGCCUCCGGCCCCACAUCAGAGUGCAAUCAUGAAGGUGGUGAACCUGAAGCAAGCCAUUUUGCAAGCCUGGAAGGAGCGCUGGAGUGACUACCAAUGGGCCAUCAACAUGAAGAAAUUCUUUCCCAGAGGAGCCACCUGGGACAUUCUCAACCUGGCAGAAGCACUGCUGGAGCAGGCCAUGGUCGGACCAUCCCCCAACCCACUCAUUCUGUCUUACCUGAAGUACGCCAUUAGCUCCCAGAUGGUGUCCUACUCCUCGGUCCUUACAGCCAUCAGUAAGUUCGACGACUUUUCCCGGGAGCUGUGUGUGCAGGCCUUGCUGGACGUCAUGGACAUGUUUUGUGACCGGCUGAGCUGCCACGGCAAGGCUGAGGAGUGCAUCGCGCUGUGCCGAGCCCUGCUCAGCACCCUCCACUGGCUGCUGCGCUGCACGGUGGCCUCGGCCGAGUGGCUGCAGGAAGCCCCCGAGGCCAGCGGCCAGUCCUCCGCGGAGAAGCAGCUCGCCCUGUGCCUGCAGCGCCUGGAGAAGACACUGGGCAGCACCAAGAACCGCGCCCUGCUGCACAUCGCCAAGCUGGAGGAGGCCUCCUGCUGGGCGGCCAUCGAGCAAUGCUUGCUUAAGCUUGGGGAGACCUUGGCCAAGCUCAGCAACCCCCAGCUCCGAAGCCAGGCCGAGCAGUGUGGGGCACUCAUCAGGAGCAUUCCCAGCAUGCUCUCCGUACGCUCCGAGCAGCUGCAUGAGACCGGCUUCCCCACGGUGCACGCGGUGGUGCUGCUGGAGGGCACUAUGAACCUGACGGGCGAGAUACAGCCACUGGUGGAACAGCUGAUGAUGGUGAAGCGCAUGCAGCACAUCCCCACCCCGCUCUUCGUGCUGGAGAUCUGGAAGGCCUGCUUUGUGGGGCUCAUCGAGUCCCCUGAAGGCACCGAGGAGCUCAAGUGGACGGCGUUCACCUAUCUCAAGAUUCCACAGGUGCUGGUGAAGCUGAAGAAAUACUCUCACGGGGACAGGGACUUCACUGAGGACGUCAACUGCGCCUUUGAGUUUCUGCUCAAGCUCACGCCCUUGCUAGACAAAGCCGACCAGCGCUGCAACUGUGACUGUACCAACUUCCUGCUCCAGGAGUGCAACAAGCAGGGGCUGCUGUCCGAGGCCAACUUUGCCAACCUCAUGGCCAAGUGCAAGGCAGACCGGGAGCAGGCGCCACAGCUGAAGUCGGCCGAGAAUGCCAAUAUCCAGCCCAACCCCGGACUCAUCCUGCGGGCGGAGCCCACUGUCACCAACAUCCUCAAGACUAUGGAUGCAGACCACUCCAAGUCCCCAGAGGGGCUGCUGGGUGUCCUGGGACACAUGCUGUCCGGGAAGAGUCUAGACCUGCUGCUGGCCGCUGCCGCCGCCACCGGGAAGCUGAAGUCCUUCGCCCGGAAGUUCAUCAACCUGAAUGAGUUCACAACACACGGUCCUGGAGAGAGCACCAAGACGGCCUCGGUGCGGGCCCUGCUCUUUGACAUCUCCUUCCUGAUGCUGUGCCACGUGGCCCAGACCUAUGGCUCAGAGGUGAUCCUAUCCGAGGCCAGCUCAGGCUCGGAGGUGCCCUUCUUUGAGACCUGGAUGCAGACCUGUAUGCCGGAGGAGGGCAAAAUCCUGAACCCCGACCACCCCUGCUUCCGGCCCGAUUCCACCAAAGUGGAGUCCCUGGUGGCCCUGCUGAACAACUCCUCCGAGAUGAAGCUGGUGCAGAUGAAGUGGCAUGAAGCCUGCCUCAGCAUCUCAGCGGCCAUCCUGGAGAUCCUCAACGCCUGGGAGAACGGGGUGCUGGCCUUCGAGUCCAUCCAGAAGAUCACCGACAACAUCAAGGGGAAGGUGUGCAGCCUGGCUGUGUGCGCCGUGGCCUGGCUGGUGGCCCAUGUCCGGAUGCUGGGCCUGGACGAGCGCGAGAAGUCGCUGCAGAUGAUCCGUCAGCUGGCGGGGCCGCUGUACAGCGAGAACACGCUGCAGUUCUAUAAUGAGAGGGUGGUGAUCAUGAACUCCAUCCUGGAGCACAUGUGCGCCGACGUGCUGCAGCAGACGGCCACACAGAUCAAGUUCCCGUCCACGGGCGUGGACACCAUGCCCUAUUGGAACCUGCUGCCCCCCAAGCGCCCCAUCAAGGAGGUGCUGACGGGCGUGUUUGCCAAGGUGCUGGAGAAGGGCUGGGUGGACAGCCGCUCCAUUCACAUCUUUGACACCCUGCUGCACAUGGGUGGCGUCUACUGGUUCUGUAACAACCUGCUCAAGGAGCUGCUAAAGGAGACUCGAAAGGAGCACGCGCUGCGGGCUGUGGAGCUGCUCUACUCAGUCUUCUGCCUGGACAUGCAGCAGGCCGCGCUGGUGCUGCUGGGCCACAUCCUGCCGGGCCUGCUCACCGACUCCUCCAAGUGGCCCAGCCUCAUGGACCCACCCGGCACCGCGCUGGCCAAGCUGGCCGUGUGGUGCGCCCUGAGUUCCUACUCCUCCCACAAGGGACAGGCAUCCUCCCGCCAGAAGAAGCGACACCGGGAGGACAUUGAGGAUUAUAUCAGUCUCUUCCCGCUGGAUGACGCACAGCCGUCCAAGCUCAUGCGGCUGCUGAGCUCCAACGAGGAGGACGCCAACACCCUGGCCAGCCCCACUGAUCGCUCCAUGAACAGCUCCCUGUCCGCCUCACAGCUGCACACGGUCAACAUGCGGGACCCCCUGAACCGAGUGCUGGCCAACCUGUUCCUGCUCAUCUCCUCCAUCCUGGGCUCGCGCACAGCUGGCCCACACACGCAGUUCGUGCAGUGGUUCAUGGAGGAGUGCGUGGACUGCCUGGAGCAGGGUGGCCGCGGCAGCAUCCUGCAGUUCAUGCCCUUUACCACUGUAUCAGAACUGGUGAAGGUGUCAGCCAUGUCCAGCCCGAAGGUGGUCCUGGCCAUUACAGACCUCAGCCUGCCUCUGGGCCGCCAGGUGGCCGCCAAAGCCAUCGCCGCCCUCUGAGGCAUGGGACUGUCAGAGUGAGCCCUCGGUGCUGGGCGCCAGGGCCGGACUUGGGAGCUCCCUUCGCUGGACCUUCCCCACCUCUGCCCUGGGGAGGGGGAAACUGCCACAGGGAUGUGCAGAUGUUUCCUGUGUGCACAGGGCAAGCUCGGCCUUGAAAGGCCGGGAUGUCACCUCGAUGUCUUCUAAAUAAAGGCCCUUGGGCUCCUUAGUCACCAGAA